CACUAGCAGCUAUCUGCGGCAGUGAAAUAUUCCCUCCGCUGCGCUCAUUGUGCAUCGGAGAGCCGGACGUCAUCGGCUGGCCAAUCAGUGGCUCCCGCUAGGCAGCCUAGGGUCUCUGUGGGGGGAGAAGGAACUCGCUAGAAGUCUUCCCUCUAAUAUCUAGUUCUCCUGGUUACUUGGUCUGGUCCCUCUUUUAGAGGAAGAAAGAUGUUCUAAAAGAGAAACAAGAACAGGAAUCAUUUAGCAAAUCCUUAUUUAAGUUGACACUUAGGACACUUAUUUCUUUUUCAGAUGGAAAUCAGGAAGGUCAGCGACUUAGACUCAAAGUUUGGGAGCUACUGAGCAGACCGUUUCAAGAGGCUUUGAAUAAACAAAAAGGAGGCUAGAAAAUGACCUAAUUAGCGACAAGCGUGACGGACAACUUGGUGCAAAUGUGCUGGUGGUAUUUUCCCCAGUUUCACCCACAAGGAAGACACAUGCAUCAGUGCACAUUCUCGUACGACACAUUUACAAACCCCGCCCUUCCCUUCCUGCCAUCCGCCCCAGUCCUCCAUGGAUUCCUACAACUUCCACUUUGAGAGAAUGAGCAACGUGGACCUACAUCCUCUGAGCCUGCCUGUCACCCGGCUCUCCCCAGCCAAGUCCAACAGCAGCAUCGCCGACCAACUUGCCCACCACCAACACGGCAAAGGAGACUCUGCCUACAGCUCAUUCUCUGGCGGGUCCACUGCCCCAGACUACCCCUCUCCCUUUCUCCCAGACGACCUACAGUCCAGCGCUUUCGGACACUAUGCUGAUCUUAAGUACGUAAAGUCCAUUUACCAUCCGACCCAGGUUCUGCAGUCUGACUCAAAGACCAUGGACCAGCUCUAUCGCUCUGUAGAAGCUAUCUCACAACAGUAUCGCAACAAUACCAAUACCAAUGUAAACCACCACAACCAGAAUGGCAACAACAGUUUCCUUACCAACAACAAAGCAAUCUCUAGAAAAGAGGUGUCUUUGGGCGCACCAUCCCAAGGAGCUUACCCUCCUGUCCGUCCUCCUCCAGUCCCAGCACGCCUGGAUAGUUUUAUAGCCACAAAAAACUUGGAAAACAGCAGGGUCCACCAUCAAGGUACUGAGUUUCAACCCCAGUCGCCUCAACAACAGCCCAGACCCCAGAAUCGACUGCAUUCACAGCCCCAUGGUCUGAGUUCCCAAAAACCUGAGACGGCUAACCCAGAUAUAGGUAAAUCAAUCUUUAAUUCUGACCCAGUGUACUCAGUUUGGAGGGGCUCUCAACAGGAACUGCCACAGGCCCAGCAGCCGCCAAGCUACCGCCCCGACCUCCAGCCUCACGAUCAAACCAGGGCAGCGUUGAACCCUGAAUACCUUUUCAUUACGGAUAACAAAGUAGCAGAGCAGCAGAAGUCAACAAACGCCCUAAGCCGAUCACCUCCCCGAGGCACAAGCCAGCCUGAGCACCUGAAACCCAGACAGCCCCCGAGCAGUGGUGGAUGUAAUGGAGACCAACACGAUAAGCCCAAUAGUAGCAGUAGCCAUUUUGAGAGUCAGCGCAAAAGAGCGCACUUGGCACAUGAUUGGCUUGGUUCAGAGCAGACCCGAACUGCCAGCCCCUGGAACGCUGGUCAGAGUUUUACCAACAGCAGCAUCCAGCAUAAGGGUCAGUUCUACUUUGUCACGGGAAUGUGUAAGCUGUCUGAAUCUGGAAUGAGGACACACUCUGCAUCUCUGUGUGGGUCUGAGGCUGGGAGUGAGAGCUCCACUGUGGUGGAGACACACCGGCUAAGAGAAAAAGAAAGAUGCCACAGCACAAUGGAUAAUUUGUUUAGACCUCUCCAAGAGAGCUCUCGCUCUUCAAGUGGUGUGAUUCCAGAUAAGAGAGAGGCUUUCACUUCCCAGAGCAUGGACCUGUCCUCCAGAAUCCAGGAUCAGGAGAAUCACAGACUAUCCCUCAUCUCGACGCAUUCCUCUCAAAGCUUCGAAGCCUUAGAAGAAAUCGACAUGAUUCAGACUCGAGACAUCGGCCGCCACACUGCCAACAACCCUAUAUUCUACUGUGGACCUGACAGAAACUGCCCACCACAUUCAUCCAAACAAACGAAGGAAUUCCCCUCACUGAUGAACAAUGAACAGCCCAACCACCACAAGAGAGAGGAGCAGGCUAAGAGAGGAAAACGGCAGCCCUUGGGGGAUGUAGCCAGCGAGAGGAUAAACAAAGAAACAACACCACUUCUGUACCACCUCACCGGAGCAAGCAGGACAUCUUUACAGCCUAAAAAGGAUGCUGAUUUAAGUAUAAAAGGAAAGGAAGAAAUUCUAAACAAAACAGGUCAUGGAGACGUGGUUGUUACCGAUAAGGAGAGACCAUCAAAAAGUGACACGAGCAAGAACGAUAGAGGGGAAGUUAUCUCUGUUGCCUGUAACACCCUGGAUGACUCAUUUAAAAAGUACUAUAAAGAGAAGCUGAAGGAUGCCCAAUCGAAAGUCCUGAGGGAGACGUCAUUUAAAAGGAGGGACUUGCAGCUGUCAUGGCCGCACCGUAUCAGGCCAAAACCUGAGCUGAGGCCUACAGUUAUUCACACUUUCUCAUCAUCACAGGACUCUGAGACUUCCACAGAUACCCUCACUCCCUCUGUGACCUCUGAGGAGACAGAGAGGAGCAGCAUCAAGGAAGAAGUCAGGGAGAGUCUGGAGGAGAGGGACAAAGAGACUGAAAAGGAAAACGGGAGACCAGUGAAUGUGGCUCGGCCCCAGGUAGCACGCGUCAGAGGCAGAAAGCGAUUGACUCAAGAGCAAAAGAAGAUGUGCUAUUCUGAACCAGAGAAACUCAACCAGCUUGGUAGUGCCCCCGUCCACUCUGCAUGCCGCUCCUUUGGCAACGAAAGCGACAGCUUGUUUGCAAUCGAAUGCGAGGGAGAGGAACGUGUGCAGCAAGGAGGGCAGGGACUGGUUGCAGCACGGAGAAAGAUGUUUGAGACCAGAGGUAGAGCCCUUUCAGCCUCUAGCGCUUCAAAGACAAACUUAAAACAUCUACAACACAAGGCCCUGGUGGAGUACAUGGAGCGAAAGACGGGCCAGAAAGUGGCUGAGCCACAGCAACCAGCUGCUCAGUUACCAUCCCCAUCCAGACAGAGGCAUUCUCUGGGGGAGAAACCCUUUGACUGGGCCAGGCCUCUAUCAGGAAAUAAUGAAGGCAAAAACACCAAGAAUAAGCCCCACAGACCCCACUCUGCAGGCCGCAUCCUAGACUCCUCCUCCAGCUCCAUCAGGUAUGCACAGUUCUUCUCAGCUCAGUCUUGUUCGGGCCAAUAUGUUGGUCAGUCAAAUCAACCCAGAUGGAGGGAGAGCCAAGGUCCAUCUCAGGGGAAGUCUGCCUCAGUGGAGAGUCUCUUGGACCAGCAAGAACCACCAAGUUUCUUGCGGAACAGAUCCACAUCCACACCACAUGCGCUUCAGGCUCUUGACUAUGAGGAGGAUCCAUUACCAGUUAAUGCUAUGGAAACCCAGAGUCCCCAGAGAAAUGCCUCUGAGGACGUCUUAAUAAAGCCAGUACCUGAGGGCCAGCAGCGCGGCCGUGUGGUCGCACAGAGGGGGAAGUCCAUGGAAGAGCUUGGGGCAACAAAGUUAAAAAGACCAUCAGCCCUGAGUAAAAGUUCUGAGGAGCUCGAUCAACUGUGGAGGGAUUCGACUGGACCUGGAGGACAGCACAGAGACAAGAGGAGCGUUUCAGUCUUUGCCGAAGUCAAAGAAGCCCAGGGGCAGGACCGAGGGAGGAAGAAACAAAAUGUAACAGAGCAAGCGGGACAGGAACCAGAGAUUGUUGGUCAGAGGAACACUCAGGGACAGACACAUAACCAAACCCAGAAGAAGUCUGUGUUGAAGCAGAGCUCAGAACCAGGGGAGGAUGCCACAGCAGGAACAAGGAACUCUAGUAGAUCCACCUCCCCGGCCUCCUGCUCCACUUCUCGGGCCAGGGUUCACUCUGGAUCUCCUGGUUCUCAUGGCCCGGUCACAGAUGAGGUCAGGUCCAGCAGACCACCCAGUGAGACUUCAUCUGACCCACCUUCCCCCAGAUGUCCAGAGACCAGUGAGAGGGAGAUCAAAUCCACCUCGUCCACCCCCACCCAGACAAAGCUUCCUUGUGAAAACAGGUCUAACUCCAGUAGAGUCAGGACCUCUUCGUCUGUGACUGUAUCAGAGAGAGAGCAGUCGGUGGAUGAACAAAGCACUGACGCCCUACACCCUGAUUCAAACCAUGAAGUGUCUCUGAGCUGCGGCGUCACCACAGAUCCAUCGCUGUGGAUCCUCCCUCCAGAGGAAAAGAUCACAGAGGAAGUCGAAACAACACCGCUGACAGACAACGUUUUUGACGACGAGUCCACCGGCUUGGCCCCUCCGACGCAGACAAGUGAAACCUCUGUGUCUGCCUGCGCCUCCGUCUCCGACACGGACAUCAGUCAGCAGGUGGAGGAGGAGGAACCGGAAGAUGAGGAGUCGGGAGAAAACCAGGAGAUAGAUGAGAGGGCAACACCGGCGGGAGAGACGGAGAUCCUGGAGAGGCCCGCUGAGAGGCCUCAGUGGGAGGAUCUGGUAGAAGCGGUGGUCAAGGCCGACCAAUCACUGGCCAGAGUUCUCUACCCACUGACCAAUCGUAAGACGGCACUGAUGCUGAUGGAGCAGCUGCUGUCAGAGGACACGCUGCUGAUGGAGGAGCACUACAAGAAGAAACAGGAGCAGAAAGGAGCUGCAGAAAGUGCUGAAACAGUGGAAGAGGCUGAACCAUCUCCUUGCCCUUCUGCUCCUGACAGCCUGAAACCUCAGUGUACAGACGUGCAGAGCAAAGCUGACGUCACUGAGAAAAUGCGUCUGUUAGCGUCCUCUAUCGAGGCGCGUCUGCAUUCGCUGGAAGAGACGCGUGGUGCUCUGCAGGCAGACAUUCAGGAGAACGUGGCCCACGGGGAGGUCCUGGAGGUGCUGGUCCGUGAACACUGUCUGCCCGUGGAGCUGGAGAGGUACAACCUGUUCAUAGGAGACCUGGAGAGAGUGGUCAGCCUGCUGCUGUGCCUCUCUGCUCGGCUGGCCAGAGUGCAGAACGCCCUGAGCACCGUGGACCAACACACAGAUGCUGAGGAGAUGCAAUCUCUGGACAGUCGCCACCGUCUGCUGUGCAAACAGAGGGAGGACGCCAAAGAUCUGAAGGAUAACCUGGACCGGAGAGAGAACCUGGUCUCCACCUUCCUCUCGCGUCAGCUGUCUGCCGAGCAGCUGCAGGACUACCGCCGCUUCGUCCAGACCAAGGCCUCGCUGCUCAUCCGGCAGAAGGACCUGGAGGAGAAGCAGAGGCUGGGAGAGGAGCAGCUGGAGGCUCUGUCCAACAGCCUGCAUCUGUGAAGGGAGGAGCAAGGAAAGCACAGAUUCCUCCUUUUCUCCCCUUCACUUGCCUUGAAGGAGGAUGGCUUGUUUAAAAAAAGACAUGUAGAGAGUUGUGGCUGUACUUUUCCCCCAACACUGCACCCUGUCAUGACUUUUAUUUUGUCCUUUUUUAAAAGAGUUUGACAGGGCUACUGGGGAACCCAUCGUGCCUCCUGCUGCUCUGCUCUCAUGUUAUAUAGGCUGCGCAGGAGAUGAGCAAUAAAGACUCCUUGCCUUUCUGUCAUCCACCCGGAACGCUCAACCUCCGCCCAUUGUGAGUCUGCACAAUCCGCAAUGUGCACCUGAAGACUUUCCCCAAUGCGUCGCACAUGUUUCCAUUGACUUUAAACACUGAGCUGUUUUUUUUUCUGCGUGCCUUGAUGUUGCUGUGGAACGUUUUCCGUUAGAGCUGCUGUGUGGUGGAAACUUUGCGUCCCCUGUUAGCAAUUCAGCAACUGUCCUUCACGAUGAGAUGGUAGUGCUCCAGCCCUGUAUCUGCACCUGUGGAAACCUAUUAUAAGCUUUAAGAUUGUAUUUUGAUGUGUGAGAAGGCUUCAGUGACAGAGCGUAGCCUGAGAGGGGGUGGUUUACUGUAUCAUGUCAGCAAAAUGUACAAUAGAUGUAGUAGAUUUAAAUCUUUUUUUUGUUUUUGUAAAUGUUCUUAUUUUGUGUUUCAAAUUCAAGGCACUAAAAACCAAAAAGGGUGAAUGAAAAAAAAAAAAAGCACUUUGUAAUGAUACAUAAAUGCACAUUUCUUCAAAUCAGAUUCAAAUCAUUUCAAGAGAAAGCCUUACUCCAUCCAUCUAAACAAUAUCUCUAUUCUUUUGUUUGUCGUUCAUUUUGAGUAGGAAUGUGGAAAUAAUCGUUUUCAAAAGGUGCACGAGCACAACCGGCAACACUAAGGUUUGUGUGCAAAAACCUUUCCGGCUAAUUUCAUACUUAAUGUUAUUAAGUCUCAAUGAUUUCAUGCUGGAACUGUUCCUCAUAAGGAGGUGCUAAACCUCUUUUAAAGCAGAUUAUAAGUAAGCAAGAAUUAUAUCACUGAGUAUUUUCUCCAAAUGUCCCUUUGUCAAAGAAGUGACACGUGAUACUUGAAAUACUUUUUUUUUUUUAUAAAAGAGGAAGGUCCAUAAUCUUCACUUCAGGUGUCUUAAACUCAUUUUCUAUUCUCUACCUCCACUGCAUAGCCCCUGUUUUGACAUAACCUUUACGUUUAUUUAAAUGUAGUUUUAAAAAAAAAAGACUUCUUGUUAUGCAGAGUGAAAACACACAUCCAAUGACUCUCCCCCUAAUUUUGAAAGAAUCUGUGUUUCUAUAUUAAUGUUUGUCAUUAGUCUUUAUAGCUGUAUUCAUUUAGUUUUUUACUGAAUCACACACAUUGGAGAGUGAUGUGAGCUGUUGCUCUACAUCAGAAUAUGUGCAACGUGUGUGUGUGUAAAAAUCAUGAAUGUCAUAAUUGUAGUUGUUGAAUAGAAAGACAGAACUCCUCUCGGUGUUUCCCGUUAAAGUUUUCAACAAAACUCCGUUUGUGGAAGUGAUGUUAUCGUCCCUCAGGAAAUUAUACCUGAUGGCUGUACUGAAAAAAAAACAAGAUCCAGGGUUGACUGUUGUGUAUAUGGUAUUUAUGUAAUAAUGACCGGAAAGAGGCAGACGGCCUCUACCCAUAAAAAAACAAAAAAAAUAUUUACUCACUAACUCAAAAUGUCAAGAAAAUUAACUGGAAACGAUAUUUUCAGUUUCUUUUGCUAAACAGUUUCUCCACCCCCGCCACCCCUAAAACAUUUCUCCGGAGAUUUACGACCCUGUCCGAUUCAGUUUGCUAAACAAAUGUAUGUUGGUUUUGGCCUUUGUGCUGACGCGGGGCCGAAGGGUUAGAAAGACUCAUGUUGUUCCCCACAGCCUGCUGGAAUUCCUGGAGUAUGCAACAUUUUGGAGAAAGAAAGCCUGUGGGGGAGAAAGUGAGGAAAACGCUCCCACAGAGGAGGAGCAGCACAUGGAUAAAUACUCAUUCUUUGCUAGUGUGUGUGUGUGUGUGUGUGUGUGUGUGUGUGUGUGUGUGUGUGUGUGUGUGUGUGUGUGUGUGUGUGUGUGUGUGUGUGUGUGUGUGUGUGUGUACUUACAGACAUUUGACAACUUCCUGAGUCAUUUCUUGUUUCUGUCAUUCAAUCAAAGCGGUGUUUUGUUGAGGUCGAAGGAAAAUGGGCCUGUUUUCUGAACUAGGAUUAUAUUUGUUUAGUUUGUUUUGAAAUACUGGAAGUGUGUGACAUUGAUACAAACAGAAUCUGUUUUAAAGCCAAGUCCCUGCUGGUGGGAUGACAGCAGACAUUUCUAAAUCCACUUUUUUCUGCUCUAUUUCACAUCUGUUUUCUGUUGAUAGUUUGAGUUGUUUUUUUUGUGCCUGUUUGGAGUUGUAAAUUCCAUGAUGUUUGUAAUAUUGUGAAUAAAUUAAGCUCUCCCUCUCC